AUGGAAACACAGCCGCAAACGCAACCAACCCAACAAUCGCCGCUAACACAGCCGCUGUCAAACGCGACCGGCGACUCCAACCGAAUAUGCCGUCUUCUCUGUCUGACGGGGCAACUCCAACCCUACGAUUUAUUGCUUGAUCAUCCAAUCGUCAAGAGUAAAAUGACGUGGACUUUUGGACGUGGGUCCGAUUGCGAUUUGGUCAUUGGACAAGGACACAUGCGUGUCCUGAGCAGACAUUUCAGAAUAUGGCUUGAAGUGGGAAAGACUAGCGUGUGGAUCACGGAUAUAAGCACCAACGGAACGUACUUGAAUGGCGUUCGAUUAGUUAAGCUGCAAAAAUUUAUGUUGAAUCAAGGCGACGAGAUUAGUGUAGGUGUGGGUAAAGAAACCGACGUUAUAAAGUUUAUUGUCUUGUUUAGUGAUGCAUUCAACCCAACUACCCUGGCAAGCUCGAACAUAAGUGAUGAAGACCAACUGGGUAUUCAUCGUGACUUCAUAAUCAAAAAUGAAACUAUAGGCCAGGGGGCAUUUGCCACAGUUAAAAAGGCAGUGGAGAGAAAUACUGGUGAAGCAUAUGCCGUCAAGAUUAUUAAUAGAAGAAAAGCAUUGAAUACUGGUGGUGGUGAUGCCAUGACUGGUGUAGAACGGGAGUUGUCGAUUUUGGGCAAGUUAGAUCAUCCAAAUAUCGUGAAGAUGAAGAGUUUUUAUGAAGAUAUGGACAAUUAUUAUAUUGUGAUGGAAUUGGUCCCAGGUGGGGAUUUGAUGGAUUUUGUAGCUGCCAACGGUGCUAUUGGUGAAGAUGCUACCCAAGUUAUAACCAAACAAAUCUUGGAAGGUAUAGCGUAUGUGCAUAAAAAGGGAAUAUCUCACCGUGAUUUGAAACCAGACAACAUUCUUAUCAAACAGGAUGAUCCCAUUUUGGUCAAGAUAACCGAUUUUGGAUUAGCUAAAUUCAGUGACAACACUACAUUCAUGAAAACAUUUUGUGGAACGUUAGCAUAUGUGGCUCCUGAAGUGAUUACUGGGAAAUACGGACUGUCACAAACUCCAGAUCUGCUUCUGCUGCUGCCCAAGAACAACUAUUCUUGUUUGGUAGACAUCUGGUCGCUAGGAUGUUUAGUGUAUGUUCUCUUGACAUCUCAUUUGCCAUUCAAUGGGAAAACCCAAGCUAACAUGUUCACCAAGAUCAAACGAGGAGAGUUCCAUGAGGCACCUUUGAAUUCGUACGAAGUGUCUCAGGAAGGACGAGACUUUCUUGAAUGUUGUCUUCAAGUGAACCCACGUCUUCGAAUUACUGCUGAGGAAGCACUUAAACAUAAGUGGUUGGCCGAUGUAUAUACCGAGGAGUCACAGCAAUUGAGUCUUUCACAAUCACAGUCGCAACAAUCGAGAAAGAUCGACAAUGGAAUACCUAUAGAUACCUCCAUGAGUAAAAUUGACGAGGAUAUAAUGUUACGUCCGUUGGAUCAAAAGAAGAAACAUAAUCAAGAGUUCAAAGUGCCUAAGCGGGUGGUACCAUUAUCACAACCCCAUGCCGUUCCUCAUCCUCGAGCUUCUCCAAUUGAAGAGAUCACAAAUAAGGGAAAGCGAGACCGAGAACAUCCUCCUCUGGCAUCUGAAAAUGGCAAACGUUCCAAGAUACGCAAGUUUGAAGCAUUGAGUAUCCACGAGCCUUCGUACUUGAAGAAUAAUGAGUUGCUGGACAUCAAAGAAGAGUCUGCAACUCUGAAUAUUAAUGAAGAUGCAUUUAUCACGUUGGAGCCUUUGCCGGGAUCGCUUUGUGGUCGGGCCAUUUCUAUUAAUAAACCGGUGUUUUCCAUUGGCAGAAGUGAUGCGUGUGAUUUCGAAUUUAAUGACGAUCGAUUAUCGAAAAUCCAUUGUUUGAUUCAUAAAAGUGAGAAUGACGGGAUUUGGUUGUUGGACAUGAGCACAAACUCAUGCAUUAUAAAUAGUACGAUUAUUGGAAGAGAUAAAAAGGCGAAAUUAACGAGUGGUCAAUCGUUGUACUUGUUUCAAGACCAUAAAUCAGAUGAGCAAGUUGGGUUUAAGGUAGUAAUACACAAUGAAUCAGGUGAGGACGACAGUCAAUCAGAUGUUGAUAUUUUCCCUCAAGAUACUCGUGAUAGACAAUUCAAGAAUGUUGUCUUGCGUGAAGGCGCUUUGAAUCCUUCACUGGGGAUGUUUUACUAG